AACCGAGCUCACAUAUCAGGUUUCACUUUCACUUCUCGGCCUUCUGUAUUAACAUAGUCUAUGAAUAGAUGUGUAUUAAACACUUCUCUCCUCUCCUCAGUUCUCAGAUCUUUAGUAGUCUUCUUCCUCUGUUUCAUCUUUCAUAGUUCAUGUGGUUCUUUAAAAACAUUAGUAUGCUUGAAUUUUGGUUUUGAUUAUCGAUUGUGCAUCGUUCUUUGUAAUCAUGCUCAUAUCUGUCUCGAUUGAGUGAUCCAGCUUAAUUUCUUUUCAAGUAUAUGCAGGUAUUGCUCGAGCUUUUCUCCAGCAUGUCAAUGAUUCAAAGUUGUCAUAUUACUAUUCUGAAAGAUAUUUUUCAGUCUUUUCCCAGUUCAUAUUCUUCCUUUCAUUUGUAUAUUUUUAUGUUAAUACUCUAUGGUCAUGUAGUAACGGACGUAUAACUUAACUUUCAUAGGUGCUAGGUAGUAAAGUGUUUUUCAUUUCUCAGGAAAACAGAGAACGUGAGCAACAUGCACAAAGAGAACACCGGUGAUGCUCCAUCAGCACAUACCCCUCGUGUUCGUCAUCACCGCAAGCGAAACACUGAUGUUGUUGCAGGAGCAGGCAAACCAAACGGAAGUCAUUUACUUGUCAAUGAUAGUAGCAAAUACAAAUCUUUCCUCGUUCGAGCAUACUCCACUGUCUGGAUGAUCGGUGGUUUUGCUCUAAUAGUCUACCUUGGUCAUCUCUACAUCACAGCCAUGGUGGUUAUUAUCCAGAUAUUCAUGGCACGAGAACUUUUCAAUCUGCUAAGAAGAACUCAUGAAGAUAAACAGCUCCCCGGUUUUAGAUUACUCAAUUGGCACUUCUUUUUCACAGCAAUGCUUUUUGUAUAUGGUCGAAUACUUAGUCAACGGCUAGUCAACACUGUGACUCCAGACAAAGUCCUUUAUAGGCUGGUCACAAGCCUCAUCAAAUACCACAUGGCAAUCUGUUACUCCUUGUAUAUAUCCGGCUUUGUUUGGUUCAUCCUGACAUUGAAAAAGAAGAUGUACAAAUAUCAGUUUAGCCAAUAUGCAUGGACGCACAUGAUCUUGAUUGUGGUGUUUACUCAAUCUUCAUUCACCGUGGCCAACAUCUUUGAAGGAAUCUUCUGGUUUCUUCUUCCUGCGUCACUUAUCGUCAUUAACGACAUCUUUGCGUAUAUCUGUGGUUUCUUUUUUGGAAGAACACCGUUGAUCAAGCUAUCACCAAAGAAAACGUGGGAAGGUUUCAUCGGAGCUUCUAUCACCACAAUGAUCUCUGCAUUCCUGCUUGCAAAUAUAAUGGGACGUUUUCUAUGGCUUACAUGUCCCAGAGAGGACCUAUCCACGGGCUGGCUCCAAUGUGAUCCGGGUCCUUUGUUCAAGCAAGAGACACAUGCUUUACCAGGGUGGAUCUCUAAUUGGUUGCCUUGGAAAGAAAUUUCUGUACUGCCAGUUCAAUGGCAUGCUCUAUGUCUUGGAUUGUUUGCGUCUAUAAUAGCUCCUUUUGGUGGCUUCUUUGCCAGUGGUUUCAAAAGAGCUUUCAAAGUCAAGGACUUUGGUGAUAGUAUUCCCGGGCAUGGUGGAAUCACAGAUAGAAUGGACUGUCAGAUGGUGAUGGCUGUUUUUGCAUAUAUAUACCAUCAAUCCUUUGUUGUACCUCAAAGCCUCUCUGUGGAUAAGCUCUUAAACCAGAUAAUCACAAACCUGACAUUGGAGGAACAACAAGCUCUGUUCAUGAAGCUUGGCCAAGUGUUGCAGGAAAAGGUUAUUGGAUCUUAGAUCAUCAUCACAGGCCUUCACUCUACCUACCAUGUUAUAUUCUAUGCGUGUCAUACAAAGCAAUAGAUUCAUAAGUUUGUUGUGUUUCUCGUUUUGAGCUACACCUUUGGUUUUAGCCUCUGUAUAUAGUAAGAAGAAUGUAAGAUGAUGUAUGACACAAGAAACAGAGAACACAAGAGCGUUUCAGCAAGUUAAAAAAAAUCAAUUCUUCUUAAGAUCA